AUGAUCCACUGCCGACCACCAAACCCCUAUGGAACCCCCGGCUCCUGCCCUGCGCCUGCCCCCGCGGUCCUUCGCCCGCGCUGGCCUCCCUCGCCGCCGCGGAGCCACUGCCCCGCUCCCACUCCACCACCAGGCUCUCCCGGCUUCGCCCUUCGCUGCUCGCUCAGCCGCUCCCGAGGAUGCCACAUGCAUCCCAUCUUCUGCAGGUGGCUCCAAAGCACCCCGCUCCUGCCCCCGCCACCGCCACCGUGGCUCUGCCCGACCCCGCUCUCCUCGCUCCGGAUCAGCCCCUGCCCGUCCCGGGGAGACUCCCUUCCGCCCUCUUCGUUUCUCUCGGCUGCACCCAAACCCCCCGGUGCCCCUUCCCCGACGCCCCUCUACCCUUCAACGCAUCUCCUACAAGGAAAACUUGCCUUAAAGUUUAAUGCUGCCGCCGGAGCUCCUCCCCCUGCCCCGCCGGCUCCCCCGGCCCUGAGCCGGGGUCAGGAGGAGUCCCAGGGGCGGCGAUCAAGGUCAGGGAGAGGAUUCGUCCCGCUGCCGCUCCGGGGCUGA